GCUGCUCUGGGUUUCACCAGCAGCUCUACUACUGGGAAGAGUGGAGCAGGUCUGGCGUCGGGUGGUGCUGCACUGAUGUCCAGUGUCUGGUGAAUACAGGCAGCCUCAGAAAAGGAGUCUGUCACAAUUCUGAGUGCUGCCUGAAGCCCAUGGGACUCCUGGCUUUGUAGGCUUUGACUCCUGCCCUUGUAGGCAGUCUGAGCUCAGGAUCAUCUGGAUCAACUUGACUUGCCCAUGCAGCUGUGGGGGCUGAGGAACAUUUCUUCUGCUCUCAGGCAAAUAAUGUAUUGAAAAGGAUGAUGGAAGAUCCUGAAAUAUAGUGCUCUCUCUGUGGGUCACCUUGUUUAGACAUCUUGAGUCAUGCAUGAACUGCAAGCAGGAUAUGCACACCUCUGCUAAUAAAUACAGCUUUAUGGCUUUAGCACACAGUGAGGACAGCUGGAAGUCCUGGCUCCUGGAGAAGCUGUCCCUGCCUGUAUAAAGACUUCACAGUGAUGAUGGACAGUGGCGCUGAUGGUGUCCCCUCACAAGUGGCAUGAUCCUGCAAAGUUCUGGACACCACACUGCACGUCGUUUGAGGGCUGACGACAUGUUGUGACUUGAAAUAUGUUCUGACAGCUUCUGGUAGUGACCUGUGAGGGAGAUGUUUCCUGGAGCUGGGCACCAAUGUCCUGAGGCCAGCUGAGCCAGGCAGGCAGUUGGGGUGCUGGAUUCUGGCUCAGUAGGACUGGGUCCUAUCCUGCACUGCUGUAGACACGUGUGUGUGAUCUCAGAGCCUCUCUGACCACGCUGUCAGCACAGACCCACCGGCAGAGAGGACAGGUCAAAGGCAUGCCAGCUUUUCCAUGAUGCCUGGCCAGUAACAUCAGCCAUGACCUGGAGGGACAGGGACAAGAGCUAGUUUGGUCUUCUUAGCGAGGUCAGCCUGGAGCUCUGCCUGUUGAGGAGAGACCUUCAGAGGUGUUGAAUGAUGAGUGCGCUAAUGUCAACUCCCGCUGCUCUGUGCUGAGCUGUGACGCCAAACUCAAAUCACUAUAGACCUGAAGCUGGACUUAACCUGCGGUCCUGGUCUUAGAAGGAAAUGCUGUCUCUCCUCUGUGAUCAUCCCUCAGCUCUGAACGUCUUCCACUGAAAAACUGACCUUCCACUCUAGGAGGCAAGAAUCAAAUGGGUUGAGAACAACUGUCCGUCCUUUUGGCUUUUUGCAGAGGAUUCUUUGAUAUAAUUUUAAGUGCCAGGACAUGAAACAGUAAAUCUCUCCUUCCCGCACUCCUGCCUCCUGCAAACAGCCCUGACUGCCGUCCAAGCCAGCCAGUUAAAGGGUUAACUAUAACUGGAUGCGUGAAUGGCUGCCUUACUGAUCCCAUGGAGGAACAGAGGGAUGAGGACUCGCCUGGGCUGCCUGUCUCACAAAUCAGACUCAUAUAAUGAUUUCACAGCUAUUCUUCCGGACAAGCCCAACAGGGCUUUGAAAAGAUUGUCAACAGAAGAAGCAACAAGAUGGGCAGACUCUUUUGAUGUCCUCUUGUCCCAUAAAUAUGGGCUGGCUGCUUUCCGUGCUUUCCUGAAGACAGAGUUCAGCGAGGAAAACCUGGAGUUCUGGCUCGCCUGUGAGGACUUCAAGAAGACCCGUUCAGCAGCCAAGCUGGCCUCCAAAGCUCAGCGGAUCUUUGAGGAGUUCAUCGAUGUGCAGGCUCCUCGAGAGGUGAACAUAGACUUCCAGACACGGGAGCUGACAAGAAGAAAUAUGCAAGAGCCCUCCCUCUCUUGCUUUGACCAAGCUCAGGGGAAGGUGCACAGCCUGAUGGAGAAAGACUCUUACCCCAGGUUUCUGAGAUCCAAAAUUUACACAGACCUGCUGUCUCAAACCCAGAGGAGGCUCAGCUAGAGCAGCGAUGGGGGCCUCAGAAACCAUGUGCUUCCCACAACAGCCAAAACCCAUGUCUAAACGUGAAGCUUUCUUGGUGUUAAAAGCAGUGGGAAUGAGAAAAGAGGGAGAAAGGGAAGAGGAGGCUUCCAGAGUGUGAUACAGAUGUGGUAUUAGGACUCUCUGAGUUUCUGUGCUUUUUUGGUUAGCAGUAGCAUCUUGCAGUUGUUUCUCUCUAGCACAAACCCAUAACUGUCUCUAGUCAUGGGGUCAUCUGUUGGGAAGGCAGGUUUCCUUUAAAAUUACUACAUUGGUUUGUGUGUAAAUAACACCACUGCAUCUUUCCAUCCUUCCAGACAUCUUCCUAGCUCUCACCUUUCCCCUGUGUUUGGAAGGGCCCUAAGGGCAGUUCUGAAACUUGUGAAGCUAAGUCCAGUCCAAAGCAUCGUCUCCCACACUGGCUGAUGGGAUCUGGAUACAGAGACUGUCAGGAGGGAGAGAGGGGAGAGAGAGAGAAGGCAAAGGCACAUGGUUCAUGGGAAACCAUCAGCGAACUCAGCUCACCUUUCUGUUUUGGUUGCACACCUUAUGACACCAGCUGCUACCCUGUCACAGCCCCUUAUCUUCCAGAGAUGGAGACUAAGUGUUCCUUUCCAUAUGACUGUCAAGGAGCUGAGUUUUUCUCAUGAGGAAGGCAAUCCCAAAAGCUCUCACUAGAGCCUGUCAGCCAAGUCUUCUAGUGCGACUGAUUGUUUUUCAUUAAUAUUACUUAUUUGUACUGUAGUUCAGUCUCAGGACUCCAGUUGUCAUUCAGGCUUCAUUAUGCUAGGCACCGUACCAAAACCUAACACAAAGAGGCUCCCAGCCACCAGAGAUGUUAACAGGCUUGCUGGCUUCUUGGGAAUGACCUGCCAGCUGUUGGGAAAGAGUCAAAAGAAGGAAUGUCUCCCAUCUGCCCCAUGCUAUGUAAGAAAAGCACAAGACCUGUCUGCUAUGGCAGAUAGCAUUUUUCAUGUAGUACCUGACCAGCACAUGGCAGGCAGAAGUAACAUGAAAAACCACAAUUAUAUUUUUGUUAUUUACUGAUUAUUGACUGUUGUUACCUACCGAUUGUCCACUGUGGGUUCAAUGCCAUGUAAAGAACU